CCAGCCAUCGGAGUGGUGAAACGUCUUAGCUUUGAUCAUCCUGGACAUCACAUCUUUCCAGGACUUCCAAGAUGAACUCCUCAGUUCUUAAAAAAGUCCUCUUGUUCGGUCUCUGUGGAGGGCUGGUGCUCGCUGUGGGGAUUCUUCUUGGACACUUUGCUAUCAAGAAGACAGCAAGCUCUCAACCCAAGUGGGUAGAAGAGGCAUUCCGCGAUGUGGACGAGAGCUUCAUCGAGACAUUCAUCUCGGAGGUGGAUGCUGCUCAGAUUGAGGCAAACCUUAGAGAACUUACCAAGGUCCCUCACAUGGCCACCAGCCCGGGGGACGAGGCGACGGUACAGUAUGUGUUAAAAAGGUGGAAAGACUCUGAAACUGGCCUGGACGAUGCAUGGAGAGAGGAAUACAAGGUGUUUCUUUCAUUUCCAGACAAAACCAACCCCAACAAAGUCACUGUUGUAAACCCGUCCAACAACAUCCUGUUCACGGUGAGGGAGAAAGAAGAGGCUUACUAUGACGAUCAGAGGGAUCCAGAGGUGGUGCAGCCAUACGCAGCUUACUCCCCAGCUGGACACGCAAAGGGGAAGCUUGUGUAUGCUAACUACGGAUCUAUGGAUGACUAUAAGCAUCUCAACAACACAAUGAACCUUCAAGGAACCAUCGCCAUAGUUAAAUAUGGCACAGUAGGAAGAUCGACAAAAGCCCUGAAUGCAGCCCAGUUUGGAAUCGCUGGGAUUUUGGUCUACACGGAUCCGCUAGACAUCAACGAUGGAAAAAUGUCAGAUAAGACUGAGACCUACCCCCACUCGUGGUACCUGCCCCCCACCGGUGUGGAGAGGGGUGCCUACAACAUUAAAUUUGGAGACCUGUUGACCCCCUACUUAGCAGCCAAAGAGGACACUUACAGAAUUUCAAAAGACGAAAUCACAGACACUCCACCCAUUCCAACUCAGCCAAUAGGAUUUGCCGAUGCUUAUGCACUGAUCUGUGAGCUUGCUGGAGCAGAAGCCCCAGAGAAAUGGCAAGGUGGAUUCAACUGCACAUACAAUAUAGGUGGACCAGGAUUCAAAAGCACAUCCCCUUUUGCAAAUAGUGACGUGAAACUGGAUAUUUACAAUUUUGAAGAACUGAGGAACUCUGCGAAUGUGAUGGGAGUGAUUCGGGGGAGUGUAGAGCCAGACAGGUACAUCCUUUAUGGAAACCACAGGGACAGCUGGGUGCAUGGAGCCAUAGACCCCAGCAGUGGAACUGCAGUUAUGCUGGAGAUAACAAGGGUUCUGGGCAAGAUGGUGAAAGAAGGCAAAUGGAGACCUCGGCGCUCGAUCAUUUUCGGGAGCUGGGGGGCAGAGGAGUUUGGCCUGAUUGGGUCAGCAGAAUACACAGAGGAGUACUUCACCAAACUGAGUGAACGUGCUGUGGCCUACAUAAAUGUAGACAUCGCUGUGUUUGCCAAUGCCACUCUGAGAGCCUCUGCGUCCCCAGCGGCCCAAAACGUCAUCUUCACCGCCACCAAACAGGUUAAGAUACCUGCCUCCGACACAGUAUCAGUCUACGACAACUGGAUGAAAUAUUACAAUAGAUCCAGUCCCACGCAUGGAAUUAUUCCAAAUGUGAGAUAUCUAACUGGAGCAGGAAGUGACUAUGCUGCUUUCAUGCACUACCUGGGAAUAACAUCAAUGGACAUCUCCUAUACAUAUGACAGUAGUAAAACCAAUGCACGGAUAUACCCAGCGUAUCACACGGCUUAUGACACCUUCGAUUACGCCUCAAAGUACAUCGAUCCAGGAUUCACCGGUCAUCAGACGGUUGCUAGGACGGCAGGGACCGUGCUGUUGCGACUUGCCGACAGCCUGUUGCUACCAUUCAAAUGCAGCGACUACGCGGAGAGUCUGGAACUCUAUUUAGAUGAAAGUUUGAAGAGAUACAAAACUCAGCUUGAAAAUAAGAAGAUCUCUAUGGCUCCCUUAGAAAAUGCGGUGAAAUCGUUCAGGGAGGCAGCCAGUCGUUUGGAGGGCGUCAUUCAACAAUCGGAUUUUGCAAAUGAAACACCUUUCAAGAUUCGCAGAAUCAAUGACCAGCUUAUGCUGCUGGACCGAGCCUUCCUUAAUCCUCUGGCCUUCCCCGAUAAGUAUGGAUUCAGGCAUGUGAUCUGGGCAUCGAGGUCCUCAGGAGUGCCCACUUUCCCUGGGUUAGCGGAUGCCUUUGAACAAGCUGACAGCACAGGGCUACAGGACGACUGGAACCAAGUACACAAACACCUCUCCAUUGUAGCACAAGCCAUCAAUGGUGCUGCCCAGACCUUGAAUGAUGUCAUCUAAAGAGAAAACAGUAACCCAAACGCCAUGUGGAGUUUUGCAGAACAUCUCUUAUCUGUUUCUCUUUUCUUUUUUUUUUUGCCUGCUCUAUGAGGCAAGCAUUAACUGGCUGCUGAGGGCAACUCUAUGCACUAAAUUAAGCCAUAUAAGUUAAUAAAAGAUUUUUUGAGCCUUGUCAUUCUCAUUUAUGAAGUUUAAUUAUUAAAUAGACCUAACCGUUGCCUUGGGCACAUGGUGCCACUUUAUUGUGUUUUUACUGUAAUCUGUGUACACCUUUAUGAACAAUGAACUGAACUCCUCUUUCAAUUAAAAGAAUGUUAUUGUAAGUGAUUUUUUUGUAUUGUGUGCAUGAUUGUUUUACCACCCCCAGAAUAAAGAUAUUUCUCUGUA